GGGACGAUGGCGGCUAGUAGUGGCAUCAAUAAUUUUGGGCUGUCUUCCUCUCUCCAAGAGCACAAAUUGCUGAGUACUGGCCCUACUGAACCAUGGUCAAUCCGCGAGAAGCUAUGUUUAGCGUCUUCAGUGAUGCGGAGCGGAGACCAAAACUGGGUAUCAGUUAGCAGAGCAAUCAAACCCUUUGCAGAACCUGGACGUGCACCAGACUGGUUUUCACAGAAGCAUUGCGCAUCCCAGUAUUCAGAACUGUUGGAGACAACAGAGACUCCCAAACGAAAGCGUGGUGAAAAAGGAGAAGUUGUGGAAACUGUAGAGGACGUAAUUGUUCGUAAGCUCACAGCUGAGCGAAUUGAUGAAUUGAAGAAACUUAUAAAGGAGACUCAGGAGAAAUACAGAAAGGUGAAGAGAGAGGCAGAGCUGAUCCAAUCUGGUCAUGGAGACAGUAAACUUCAGGAAACGUGGAAUGAUAUUGUUGCAAGGAAGAAACAGGAAGAAGAGGAGGCUGAGAUGAAAAGGCGUGCAACAGAAACUGCUUUUCAGGCCCGCCAAGCAGCAAAAAAUGCGCCUAAAAGACUGAUGAGCUUGCCUAUCCGGUCCCCGCUAGAAUCAAGUUCUCCUGGAAUAGACUACUCGGCUACAGAUACGACACAGGCGAGUGAGGAGAGUCACAAUAAUCUGGUGUCGAUAAACAUUGGAAGCACUCCGAAUAUUCCUGUGAUCUCAGCCCCUGAGACUCCUGUCACCUCCACAAAUCUUGAAACUUCCCUGACCCCAGCGCUGGAGGAUUCUCCCCAGAAAAGGUUAUUGGGACAGAAAGCCACACCUCCACCCUCUCCACUGUUGUCUGAGCUCCUGAAGAAAGGGAGUCUCCUGCCUACAAGUCCUAGGCUUGUCAGUGAAGCUGAGCUGCAGGUGAAUUCUGGUCAUGUUGCCAAUCCAAAUGUGCAUGUUGAAAUGGGAGCAGGUGUGUCGACGCUGCAUGUUCCAGAGCUACAGUCCAAUGUACCAGUGUCCCCGGCACCUGCAGGAGCCCCUACUCUGUCCAGGCUUUUGGAGGCCGGCCUCUCGCACUUCACGCCACCUUUCGUUCCCUUCUCUACUAUCAGCAGUGAGGCACCACCUCCAGUUAAACCUUUGCAAAAUCUAGCUGACCAGGUGUGUUCAGCCGGCACCACAGCAAUGACGCAGGAGAGCAGCGGGACAGUUGAAGAAACCACCAUUUGUGUUCAGGUAGAGAGCUGUGAGGAACAGCCAUCCCUAUCAGUUUCUGGAGAUCUGGCUGGCUUCUCUGUGUUAAUUGACUCUGGAGAAAGUAAGUGUCUACCAGGUGGCAGUUUGCAGAUUACGAGAACAAGAGAGGGCAUUGCAGAUCAGCAUCAACCAAAGCUUGAAGACACCGGGGUAUCUGAUUAUACAGAUAUGCUGAGCUUGGGCAACCAGGCUGACAUCCUAGCAAUCAUUGAAGAGAAGGUGGAGGAAGCAGCAGAACUGAUAAAUCUUCCUCCUGAUGAUAUUGGAGAGCAGCUAGCUGCCACGGAAGGAGAUGCUGCCUCCCUGUUUCGGGCAGAGCAGGUCAUAAAGGAGGAAGCUGAAGAAGUCCAGCAGCAGACUCAUAAAUCCGAACACCGACCUAGUGAUGAAUCUCAAGUAUUGGCUGGUUUGGGAACUGAAGAAAAACUGACUUUUAAAGCAAUUAAGCAAGAGUUGCCAGAUAAAGUGAAGGCAGAGCAAGAACAGGAAGAAGAGUCAAAUUCAGGUCAUGCACAACAGAUACUGGGUGCUAGAAAUGCAACAAAUUCCCCAGACAGUGGACUGAAAACAGAGACACUUGGGUUGGAGCAUUCUUUACCUCGGAGCAUCAUGCGAAGUAAAAGCACAUCUGAAGAACCAUCACAUCAGUCCCCCUGGAGCACUGCACGCAGCAAAAGUACCUCUGAGGAAAUCGGACAGCUUUCUCCCAGGAUUACUAUUCAGAACAAAAGUGGCUGUGAUGAUGUGGGACAGUCUGAAAUUCUAGAUUCCUCAAAGGAAGAGGGUGGAGUAGUUGUAAAGAGCCAUAUCAAGCUGCAAGAGAUGCUUGUUCCAAAAGAGGAGGAUGGAGCCAGUGAAGCUGCUAGCGUGGAUGAGGCCAGGGAAGAGGAACCGAAUGAGGUCUAUAUGUCAGAAACUGACAAUGAGCCACCUGUCAGUGAAAGUGAUGAUGGCUUCAGUAUUCAUAAUGCACAUUUGCAGUCUUCAGUCCUUGCUGAUUCAAUACCCAGCAGCCCUGCUUCCUCACAAUUUUCAGUCUGUAGUGAAGAUCAGGAAGCCAUUCAAGCUCAGAAAAUCUGGAAAAAGGCUAUUAUGCUGGUAUGGAGAGCAGCUGCCAAUCACAGAUAUGCGAAUGUAUUCCUUCAGCCAGUGACAGAUGAUAUUGCCCCAGGAUAUCAUAGCAUUGUACACAGACCAAUGGAUUUAUCUACAAUAAAGAAAAAUAUUGAGACUGGUUUAAUCCGCACAACAGCAGAAUUUCAGCGAGACAUAAUGCUUAUGUUCCAGAAUGCAGUAAUGUAUAAUAGCUCUGACCAUGAUGUGUAUCACAUGGCAUUAGAAAUGCAGAGAGAUGUUUUGGAGCAAAUUCAGCAAUUCCUAGCCACACAAUUAAUAAUGCAAACAUCCGAGUCUGGAAUCAGUGCUAAGAGCCUGCGUGGGCGUGAUUCAACUCGAAAACAGGAUUCUGCAGAGAAGGACAGUGUCCCCAUGGGUUCUCCUGCCUUCCUUCUAUCUCUCUUUCCAGCAACAGUAAGCGCUGUGAAAUCAGCUGAUGACAAAAUACUGUUAAUGAUGUCUACAAAGCAGUUAAUUACUGCUACCAAGAUGGUGGUACAAGAGGACGUCGCUGUGCCAUUGAAGCAGAUAUGAAAAUGAAGAAAUGAUCAUCUCCUAUAAGACCUGACCAUGUGAAAUGUUCAGCACUGUGUGUAAAGACCAAUGAAGCCGCACUGUCUUCGUUAGCAUUGAUAAGAAUUAUAUUGUACAGUCUUGUUUCUAGUGUACAGAUUUUGUUCUGAGAACAAUAUAUGAGCUUAAUAAAACUAUUUUGACAGUGUUAUGGCUUUGGAGAAUUUAGAUUACACUGAGUUUUGGUUAAUGCUAAUUGAAGAAAGGGCAAUUAUUUAUAAUUUUAGUAUUAUUAGCAUUAGUAAGUAUGCUUAUUUUGAUGAACUCAGUAUUUUUGCUUGUAUGAUGUAGAACAAAAUCUUUGUGUGUGCAAUGCUUAAGCAUUUUAAGAUUUUUUUUUGGUUUUCCAGAGCACUUUUUCAAAUUUUUUUUGUUGAAUUGCCUCUCAAGUCAACUUUGGGUAAAUAUCUCAGUUUUGUAUAAUGUACAAAUAUUCGAAACUUUGGACUGAUUUGGAAUGUUCCUUGGCACUAUCUUGAGACUUGGGACAAUCUUAAGACAAAUUAAAUAGGUAAAUGGGUACAGAAUUGAUGCAACACUUGUUUGACUCCAGUCAUAGCUUUCUCUCUUCUAGGUUUACUAGUAAAGAGACACUUCAAGAAUGUUUGAUUUUGUUCAGAGGCUUGGCACGAAAUUGUUCAAACAUGAAUUAACAUGGAGCUUGAGUAGCAUUGUGUAUUUUACCCAGUGAGAGUAAGCUUUGACCUCUCUUGACUAUAAAGAGCUGAUUUAAAGCCAUGUUGCAGAAAUUUAUUAUUCUGUAAUACUCUAAGUUGGUUAUCUUACAUGAGUGGUUGGUGUAUCAGAUUGAUGCAGCACUAGAUGUACCUGAAAUUGGGAUCGAAGGACAUUACUGGACUCGAGUUAAGGAAAUUUUAUGCUGCUACUGGCUCAUCUACAGCUGAGCUGAAGGUUUUUGAUGAGACAACAAAAGUGGGUAAAUGUUUAGUUCUUCAAUAUCCAUGGCCCUCAUCUUGAAUACAUAAUCAGCAGAAUUUUCUUUAAUUCCUACAACUGCCCUUGUACUCGCAUGUUGCUCACUGCAAUCCAGCUAGUAAUAGAUUUCCCCCUGCUGUGUUUUGAACAGACCACUAGAAGCAAAUUCACAUGAAAGUAAAGGGCAAAACGUUUUGUGAAUCGAAACAUUUUAAUUCUUGUGAUUUUUAAAUGAGUGCAGAAAUUAGAAAGUAAAUUCUGCAGUUUUCCCUAAAAUACAGAAUUAUUUAUAUGACCCUAUUUUAAAGUAUAGUAAAGUAACUACAAUUCAUAAUUAUGAUGUUACUAUUGUCAGAUGUGACGACUGAUGAUUUAAUAUAUAACAUAAAUAAAGUAUUCUCUGCUA